UGCGCUUGCCGCUGCUCAGUCAGUCUCCUGCCGCGGUACAGACCGCCAAUAAAAUGAAAAUAAUAGUGAAUAUUUUGUUUGCUAUUUCAGUGUGUAGUUUAACAGUUAGUGAUGUGAACUGUUUGAAAAUUUUAGCAGUGAACCCGUAUCAAGGAAAGAGUCAUUAUUUCGUAUUUGAACCGUUGUUGCUCGAACUGGCGAAAAGGGGACACGAUGUCACCUCCAUAUCGUAUUUUCCUCAGAAACAACCAGUCAAAAACUUUACAGACAUCUCACUUGCCGGUUCAAUGGAAAUUUUGGAAGACGUAUUUCCUAUUGAAAAGUCUUAUUCCACUGUUCUAGCCAUGGCUAUAUUUUUAGUUACCACUGGUACGGAUAAUUGCAGAGUGUUGUUGCAAAAUAAAGAAGUGCAAAACUUAUGGAAAUCUAAAACAAAGUUUGACGUAAUAUUAGUUGAGCAGUUCCAAAGUGAUUGUGCCCUGGGAUUAGCAUAUGAGUUAGGGGCGCCUGUGGUCGGUCUGACUUCACACACUCCGAUGACCUGGCAUUAUGACCGCUUUGGCAUGCCCCUCAACCCAUCCUUUGUUCCAUGUUUAUUCUUCGGAGGGGGAACUAAACCAACUCUGUACCAACGUAUUGAGGCUUUCUUCUUCAAUGCUUACUUCAAAACUUUAUACAAUUGGUACGCUCAAAGAACCGAUCAGAAAACUUUGUCGCAAUAUUUCGAUAAUGUGCCUCCGUUGGAAGAGUUGGGAAGACGAAUGAAGUUCUACCUCACGUACAAGAACCCUAUAUUAUUUGGGUCGUCGUUGAUUCCUGAAAAUGUCAAAGAGGUUGCAGGUUAUCACGUUGCGGCACCAAAACCGUUAUCAGGCGACCUCAAAAAGUUCAUCGACGAGGCGGAGCACGGAGUGAUCUACAUCAGCUUCGGCUCGAUGCUGCGGGCCACUUCCACUCCUCGUGAUAAGCUGGAAGCCAUCAUCAGUGCCGUGUCCGAGCUGCCCCAGAGGAUCGUGUUCAAAUGGGAAGAACCGAACCUUCCUGGAAACCCUAAGAAUAUUUACGUCUCUAACUGGCUUCCACAGAACGACAUGUUAGCCCACCCAAACGUGAUAGCUUUCUACUCCCAUUGUGGUCUAUUGGGCACAACAGAGGCCAUCCACCACGGUGUGCCCGUAUUGGGCAUGCCAAUCUUUGGGGAUCAACCCUCAAACGCAGCAGCAGUUGAAGAGAGCGGCCUUGGCGUUCGGAUCGACAUUACGACCCUGACUAAGGAAGAAUUGCUUAGCAAGCUCAAAAUAAUUUUAAAUCCGGAAUUCAGGCGUAAAGUAAAACAAAUUUCCAAGGCAUGGCACGACCGCCCAAUGUCUGCAAUGGACACUGCUAUCUAUUGGAUAGAAUACGCGGUCAGAAACAAAGAUUUCAACUUCCGCUCGCCCGCGGCUGAUUUGCCUCUCUACAAAUACUUUAACUUAGAUGUUUUAGCUAUAUUUACAUUUAUAAUUUACGCUCUGAUUUAUGUUAUUAGAUCUGUGUUUAGUUUAAGAAAAACGCAAUCGAAUAAGCAGAGUAAAAAAUCCAAGAAGGCGUAUGUGUUGCUGGAUAGGAACCGACAAAAAAAAAUGAAAGUCGUCACCGCUUUAUUCUUAGCAUUAGUAACAAUUAAUUUAAGUGAAGUGGAAUCUUUGAACAUACUUGGAAUCUUUCAAUACCAUGGAAAGAGUCAUUUCUUUGUGUUCGAACCGUACCUCCGAGAAUUAGCGAAAAGAGGGCACAAUGUUACAGUCAUAUCGCAUUUUCCUCAAAAACAACCCUUACAAAACUACACCGAUAUCAGUUUGGCUGGUAAAAAGGAAAUAUUUGAAAGUGUUGUAAAUAUGGAGCAGACUAUAUGGUCGAAGGUUGAACUGAUAAAAUUUGUUUUCGAGAGUGUUGUGGAAAACUGCAGGAUACUAGUGGAAGACCAGGCUGUGCAGAAAUUAGUGAAAUUCCGGACGAAAUAUGACCUAGUGCUAGUAGAGGCGUUCAUCGGUGACUGUGCCCUAGGAGUAGCUUACAAAUUGGAAGCCCCAGUGGUAGCUUUAACGUCGCAUUUUGUAAUUCCAUCUCAUUACGAUCGAUUUGGCGUACCCCAUCAACUUUUACAGAUUUGGCCCAAUCCAGAUUUCUUAACACGUUUUUUAUUAACAGUGCUUUCACCACCACUUAAUUGGUAUUAUCGAUAUUAUCAAAAUGCGGAACAGGCGAUUCUUGCAGAGUAUUUUGACGACAUCCCACUGCUCGAAGAGUUAGGGCAGGAUAUCAGGUUACUUCUUGCAUACAUUCACAAUUCCAUGUUCGGUGCUCAAGCUUGGCCCGAAAAUAUAAAAGAAGUCGGAGGAUACCACGUCGCCAAACCGAAACCGCUGCCUGAGGAAUUAAAAGAGUUUAUAGAACAAUCAGAACACGGAGUUAUAUACGUAAGUUUUGGUUCAAUGGUACAGUCGACAAGCCUGCCGAUGCAUAAACUGGAGGCCAUAGUUGGAGCGCUGUCGGAGCUACCUCAACGAGUCGUCUUUAAAUGGGGUGCGGAACAAUUGCCUGGGAAUCCGAAGAACAUUUACAUAUCGAAGUGGUUACCGCAAAAUGAUAUUCUAGCUCAUCCCAAUGUCGUUGCAUUUUACUCCCACGGCGGGCUCCUGGGUUCGACAGAGGCCAUACACCACGGCGUCCCCGUGGUUCUCACCCCAGUAUUCGCCGAACAGCCGGUGAACACUCUGGCUUUGGAAAGAAAGGGAUUUGGCGUUCGCAUGCCCUAUGAUGAACUUACCAAAGACGCACUGCUAGAAAAAUUUAAGACCGUUUUGGAUCCAGAGUUUAGAAGAAGAGCAAAAGAAAUCUCCAGGGAAUGGCACGACCGACCCAUGUCUCCGAUGGACACCGCCAUCUAUUGGACGGAGUACGCCGUCCGCCAUCCAAAUUCCACGCUUCGAAUACCCGCGGUCGGCAAGCCUUACUACCAACUUUCAGGAUUGGAUGUACUAUUAGAUAUUAUUAUUAUUUUGUUUAUUAAUCUAUAUGUGUUUGUUUUCGCUAUUAAGUUCUUUGUGUUUGGAAAGAGAACGAAAUCAAAGAAGGAUUGAGGUCGUGAUUGGAUGUAUAGUAAUAAUAGUAGGUAUAUUAUUAACCAAUGGAUAAAAGGCAGUCAUUUCUGACGAGGUAUUAAGAGAGGGUGCUUUUCACCCGAGUCAAACACCUAGGUUACACUUAGAAUACGAAUAAAGUUAAAGGCAUGGGUAUUUUACAAAACAUGACUAGGUACAAACUUGUAUAAUUUUCACUACGCUGUAAUUGCUAUCUAUCGUCCAAUCGCUAUCAAACUCGCAUUGAGAU